AUGACCAGGCCUAUGCCCACUCGGCUCCUCAGGCCCACGACCCCGCGGGCCCUGGUGCACCCAGGUAAGCGACCGGGGGCCACCGGCCUCAACCUCCGCCUACGGCGGCCGAAAGGCGUCAAGACCACUUCAGGGCGGAAGAGUCGCCCCCGGCUGCCGCCGGACCAGCCUUGCACUGAGACCCAGGCUCUCAUUACCAAGAGAAUCCUGGAAUAUGUUGUGUUUACAGAAUAUCCUGAAUUUAAUCAUCUGAACUCCCAAGCAGAGGUGGAGGAAACCCUAAAGAGGAUCCAGAGCCAUAAAGGGGUUAUCGGAACUAUGGUCGUAAAUGCAGAAGGCAUUCCUAUCCGAACAACGUUGGACAACUCGACAACGGUUCAAUAUGCAGGUCUUCUUCACCAGCUGACAAUGAAAGCCAGGAGCACGGUCCGUGACAUUGAUCCUCAGAAUGACCUCACUUUUCUUAGGAUCAGAUCAAAGAAACAUGAAAUCAUGGUAGCCCCAGAUAAGGAAUAUCUUCUGAUUGUCAUUCAGAAUCCAUGCGAAUAG